AUGGCAGUAAAGAAAGUUGCAGUCGUGGGCGGCUCUGGAAGUAUCGGACGUGAAGUCGUUGAUGAGAUCCUUGCCAGAGGCUCCUACGACAUAGUUAUACUGAGCCGCGGGGCCCAGGCUGCAGACUUGCCCAAAAGCGUUACCUGGAGACAAGUAGACUACAAUGACAAAUCCGCGCUCGUUGAUGCAGUGAAGGGCAUUGAUACGGUGCUCUCCUUUUUGGCAAUGUUUGAUCAGAAUGAAGCCCUCGAAUUGCACAAGAAGCUUAUCGAUGCUGCCAUUGAGGCUGGCGUUAGAAGAUUUGCCCCCUCGGAGUGGGCUUCUGCGAGCAAUAGUGGGAUCGCUCAUUAUCAGUACAAGGAUGAGGUCCGGAAAUAUCUGGAAGAAGUCAACUCGGACCAGCAGAAGAUUGAGUACUGCCUGUUCCAGCCAGGCGUCUUUACAGAUUACUUCGGCUAUCCACACUCCACAACAAAGCAUUUCAAUACAUCUCGCAUGUUCGCCGAUUUCCAGAAUCGCAGGGCCAUCAUUCCGGACGGCGACGAUGCUCCAAUCACCUUGACCACUGUUCGGGACAUGUCCCGACUUGUAGCCCAGGCCUUGGAAUACGACGGGGUAUGGCCUACUCGUGGUGGCAUGCAAGGGACGGCAUUCACUCUUUCCGAGCUUAUUGCCCUGGGCGAGAAGCUCCGAGGCCCGUUCAAAGUGGAAAAGCUCUCCGACGAGGAUCUGAAGACUCGGACCGUUACGACUUCCUGGUAUCCUUUGGUAACACACCAUUCGCUUCCCGUAGAGAUGAGGGAGCCGGUGUCUCAAGGACUCCUUGUAGAAACCAUGGCCUCCCUUAAGAGGGGCGUGUGGACUGUAUCGGAUGAGUGGAACAAGCUCCUACCCGACUUUGAGUUUACUACUGCGGAAAGCUACUUGAAGGGUAUUUGGCAAUAG